CGUGGUGAAUUUAUCAUUGCAAUGCAAUUCUUGAUUUUUCUCUUCAUUCCAUUUGUGUUUGGUUAUUCUAUGGUCUUAUAGUUGUGUUUUUUAUUCCGGUGAAAAAUUUAUAAAUUUUAGUGUUGUCUUGUAAACAAAUAAUAGCAAAUGUUUGAACAAGUUUUGUUUAAAUGAGUGCAACAACAAUUUUGUGAAAAGUGUCGCAUAAUGGAUAAUAAAAAGGAUAUUUACAAUCUAUGGGUGCAGUAUACGACUAAGAAUGAUGAAUCUUAUUUUCGCGAAUUUAUCGAGCGCUUUGUGAGCAUUUGGAAGAGUCAAUUACCGGUGGAUUUUGAUCGUGAUGAUCUGCCGCUGUGGCAUGAGGUGCGCUCGGAUAGUGGUCCCCACCUGGGACGUCUGCCGGAUGAGCUGCUGCCAGCAAUUGGAAAAUUCAUAAUAAUUGCUCGCGAUACCAGUGAAAAUGGCACACUUGACGAUGAGCAGAUACGUCAGAUCGCUGUACUGGUAGAUUGCUUGGUGAUAAUUUGUCGACACUUUGAUAAUAUUUUGGCAAUUAUUAAAUAUGAAUAUAAAUCGAAUUUAAUUGCUAUUUUGGCCAAUACAUUCAAAGAGUGCAUGACCCGCCAGGAUGUAUCUUUGGAAGUAGUGCAUCUAUUUCGUAGUUUCUCUCAAUUUCUUGAAGUUAUGUAUGACCCUUAUUUGACUUGGCGUAGCUUUUUACGCGGCGCCUAUGCAGAUUUUCACAAAAUACCUUAUAAACCGCAUACAGUGCAUGUGGAAAUUGUGCCGUUUAUUUAUGAUUGCUUCCAAAGGGAAGAGCUUACAAAAUUUCCUGCUAUUGGGGAAUGCCUGGUGAAUGCUUUGGGUGCUGUUAUAUGUGGAUCUCAGAAAUCGCUAACAUCUCUGACAACUAAAAGUACAGCAAAUUGUGGUGAAGGGCAAGAAAUCUGUGAUAAUUUGCGUAAUGGUAUGCGCGCCAUUUGCCCCGCAACCGUUUCAGUCAUUAUGAAGAUUAUUUCACAGUGGGAAAGCGCCAGUGAGCUACGCGCCGUUGCGCUAAAAUGCUGUGCUCUUAUGAUUGUUGUAUUACAAAAAUCUAGUCCUGAAGAACGCCAAAUCGAUUUAGUUACGCUAAUUCAGCUUUACUGUGAUGCUCUGCAAACCCUAUUAACCACUGAUCACUUUCUCAGUGGCAAUAGCGUAACAUUUGAAAUCGCUAGUGAUGAUGAGGCCAGCGAUGUGAUUGUGGAUGUGAAUGCGCUGGCAGCGACUGUCGAGAAUGUUUGCCUCUUCCUCGCCGAUGUGGUAAAGGCGCAAGUUAUCUGUGAGGCUAUUGGCGAUACGGCGCUGGUAGAUACUUUAAUAAGCAUUCCAAAGCAAAUAAAGGGUUGGAAUAUGAACUAUGCGCCAGUGCUGUGCGCCACCACCAAAGCGUUAGCGGUAAUUACACGCAAUUCGCCCAGCAUUGCAGAACAUUUGCGUGUGUACGAUAAAAUAGAGAAAUUUUUCAAAAGCUUAAAAGCCUUAGCCGUGCCUAACGACACACUCUUGGACGCAUGCUUCAAUAUGGCCUAUAAUGAGCAGAACCAUUUACUCGUACUACCAGAAGUUGUCAACAAACUAAUUGAGUGGCUGCCGGACAUAAACGAGCGCGAACAGAUUUACUUAAGCAAUGUGAUACUGCGCGGCUGCACCACCAAUUAUGCGACUAUAAGGGUGUGCUGCCCAGCCUGCUUGAGCGCACACUGUCAACUAACGUCUCAAAUUACUUUACACUUCCGUUGCGCACACAAAGCUCAUUCGAUCCGAAUGUGAAAAAUUUCCCGAUCGGCAUGCAAGACACUGUGUUUGGCGAGCAAACUUGUCUGCGUGGUCAAGUGGGUGCUGUACUCUUGGCAGAGCCCACCACAAAUAUCAAAACCAUAUUCGAUGCGGGCAUACAUUUCCCUUCGAUAUUCUCGCAAGACAAUGAUUUGCUCGAAUUAACAUCGCGUUUUGUAUUCUGCUAUGCACCCGGUGGUUAUUGGAGCGAAAGUUGUCAAGAUCUCAUACCGGGCGGUCGUUUUCCAUCACAAGUCCGUGCACAUCAUUGCUCCAUAGUCAAGAUACAGGAUACAAUAAAUAGUAUCGGCGGCGUACAAGCGAUAUUGCCGAUUCUGCAUCGCCUCACAAAGCAGCAAGAUGAUUUUUCGCUAUCCAGCGCCGAGGGCAAUGAUUCGCUGGGCAGCGGUGAGCAGUUGCGUACACCAACCGCAGAAGAAUUCUCCGAUUGGGAAAUGCUAUCCUCAAAUUCUUACACAGAGUGGAAAAUGAUACAAUUUUCCGUAGCCAGUUUCAUUUGCUUCCUGCGCUACCUUACACACGCUCAUGAAAACAACCAAGAGAAUAUGCUGAAUAGUGAGUGCCUACAAAUGAUUGGCGCUAUGCUGCAAAAGUGUUCGCCCAGCAUAUUCGAUGUGAAUGCGCUGAUGGCCACGCAUCUUUUCAUAGAAUCAUUGCAAGGGCAGAAGUCGGAGAUUGGCAAUGCGCAGGGCAACUCGGCGCUGCUGGACGUACUCUAUACAGAUAUCGCUUUCAACUUUCACAUUUGGGCACGCAUGAACUUCCAAAUUACGCUCGGUCAUGUGCAGUACCUUAGCGCUAUGAUUAAGAACGAUCGCAAGUACUAUCGCAAGAAAUUCGGCAUACAAUUCUUUUUGGAUGUUGUGCGUGAUCACUAUAGUGCGCCAGACAGCAUAACGCCCGAGGAUGCGAAGACGCUACGCGCCACGCUUUAUGCAAUUGUGCGAUUUUACCUGCAGAAAGAUGUGAAUAUCAAAGAGAUAUCCACAAUGAUUGCGUUCUUGGCUUCGGUGCGGCAGGAAAAUGUGCUUAUCGAAUUUCUGGAGAUGUUGACCUUCCAUAUUAAGGGCAAAAAUUGCAAAGAUCAAAUGAUUCUGCUAUUGCACGAACCCCAAACGGCGAAUUUGCUGUACAAUUAUUUUGUGGAUAAGAGUUAUAGCACCGAGGUGCAAGAGGCGGCUAUAAGGUUCAUUAAUUGUUUGCUGAGCACUUCGCGCGUAAAUCAAAAGUAUAAACAAAUACUACGACUGCACGACAACGCCAGCGAUAGCUCAUUUUUUCCCGGUUUUUUUUCCUAUACCAUACCGAUGACACUCAGCUCCACCAUACUCUUUCACUUGGUUGACGAAAUGUUGAGCACGGAAGCCGAUUAUGCGGGCAUUAUUUUCCUUGUUCAUCACAUCAGCACCUGUGAGUUGCCCAUUAAGUUGGAGAUCGCCAAGCGUCUAUUGCAAACCACAUUUGUCAAGCACAACUCACCGCAGGCCAUAGCCAAGCAAUCGGGUUGGCAGGAGUCUAUUGCGCGUCUGCUCAUACACAAACCAAUUACGAAUGUUAAACCCGAUGAAGAGAAGCGCAAAAGCUUUGGCAUUAGUUUGGAUGUACUUUUAGAGGAUAAUAAUGACUUUGCGAAUCAAUCGGACUUGAUUAGUUUUUGUGAACAGCAAGUGGAGUUGGAGCAAUUGGCCAAGGAACAUGAUGAUGAGCAGAGCGAUGGCGGUCUCAUAUUGAAUGAGAUACAAGCGAGUGUUACCGAGGCCGCCAACGUUAUCGAGAGUGAAAUUAAAGAACUGGCGGAAUCUGUUUCUGGUGCUGUUGUAGAAAAUGUUUCAUCUGUUUUCUCAGUUAUACGCCAAACGACACACGAUAUUCAAGACACCUUUGAGUCUUUAACUCUCGGUGCAUCGACUGAGGCUGAGACAACGAGCCUUUCGCGCCAACGCACGGAAUCUAUAAGCUCAGAUAGUUCAACGCAAUCGCCAAAGCGAAUUAUCAAAAAAGCGGACUCGGAGAGCAAAACUACCGGCUUUGAAUUUCCACCCGAAGCCGAUGUGGAUAGUGAAGAGCAGCUUGUGUAUCUGGUGUCAAAUAUAUUAUUCACCGUUUUCUGGCGUGGCGUCAGCAAUGAUCAUCCACAAUGUUGGAAGGAACGUGGACAAGUGCUUGGCUGUAUAAAUUUGCUGGCGCUCAACAAUGAUUUGGUUACAUCGCAUCUAUCUUUGCGUCUGCGCAUACUCGAAAUGGCUGUGCAGGCGUCGCUUUUCGAUCUAUCCGAGAAUGGCAAUCAGACGCUAAUUAACCAGGAGAACGCCUCACAAAUUCUACGCAUGGUCUAUGACCUUGUCGUGCUCGGUUCGAAUGAGGAUGAAUCGAAGAAAUGUUCAACAAAACUAUUGGACGGUGUUUUAGCACUCUUGGACGCUUUGAUGAUAUUCCAACAGGGCUCUUCCGAUGAUUGGUCGGAUAUGAUACGCUUGUGCUUGGGUUUGCUUUUAAAAUGUUCGUAUCACCCCAAUCCGGGUGUGGUGGCUAUGGCCACGGCGAAAUUGCAUGCCAUUCUGCAAAGUCGCAACACAGAAGAUCCCAGUGAAUUGGCGUAUUUGUUGUUCAGUAUAAAUCGCGCUUUAGACAAUGCUAUUGAAGUUGGUAAUCCCGAAGAAUAUUCGUUUCUGAUGCCAGUUAUGAAAGCUUUACUUGAAAAAUGCCGUAAGGUUUUUAAUUUGGAUACAAACUUACCUGACUUACCGCCUACCUCAUCGGGUCCUGUGUUCUUCAACGAUUUCCAAAUGUAUAGCACAAGCAAGAAGUGGCACAAUUUUAUUGAACGCAUCGUCAAACCCUUGCACGAUGUGUAUCAACGCGAAAUAGAAUUGAACCUUUGGGAACCAAUCAAUCGUUAUUGGGCCGAGUGUUAUGAGGCAUGUAAAGCAGCUUCGAAAAAACGCGGCACUUAUCAAGCGGAAAACCGACGAAUUUUCAAUCAAAAAAUCGUAAUGCCUUGGAAAGUCCGUCAAGUCGAGGAAUUGACACGUCUGAAUGCGGCUACGCUGGCGCAAAAAACCACAACUAGUCACAUCAAGAAACGCUGGAAGAUGGCCAAACGUUUCUUGUAUGGACCGCGUGGUCCAUGGUUUACGGGUAAUUCUCCGGAAGAAUUUUGGAUGCUCUCCAAUCAUGAGAAUGUCGCGCGCAUGCGUCUCAAGCUCGAGCCGCAAUUGUAUCCGAAUAAGCACGAAAAUGCGGCGAAUUUACGUGAUAAUGCCACAAAUGCCUAUGAUCCAAGAGAAAUCUCGGAAUUCGAUUCGACAAUUAAGAGUGCCGUAGUACGCGACUUCUUAGCAGACGAUGAGAAUUUACAGCUCGAAGAGGAACUGCGCCAAUCGAUUGAAGCACAAUCUCAACAAGAUGUGCCACUAGAAAAAUCGGUAAUUUCACAAGACUGUGAACUGAUUACUUUGAUGACGAAGGUGAAAGGUAAAAUCGAGGUGAAUCAAACGCUCUUCAGCUUCAUCGAUCUGAGUCCGCCUACGGAAGAUGGCUCCAAGCACGAUUUUCGCUUUCCAAUCAGCAAAAUACGUGAGGUGCAUUUGCGUAAAUUCAAUUUGAGGCGCAGCGCUUUGGAAAUAUUUUUAAUCGAUCAAACUAGUUAUUUUCUCAAUUUUACUACAAAGACACGCAACAAAGUUUUUACGAAAAUUUUGAGCUUACAACCACCAAACAUUUUAUAUGGCUCCGGUCGCUCUCCAGGAGAAUUAUUGCGCGCUUCGGGACUUACGCAGAAGUGGGUAAAUCGUGAGAUUUCCAAUUUCGAAUAUCUUAUGUACUUGAAUACAAUUGCUGGUCGCUCUUACAAUGACCUCAGUCAGUACCCAGUAUUUCCUUGGAUAUUGUCCGACUAUACCAGUGAUGUUUUAGACUUAACCGAUCCAAAAUCUUUUCGCGAUCUUUCCAAGCCUGUUGGUGUGAUCAAUCCUAAAAAUGAGGCUGGUGUACGCAUCAAAUACGAGUCAUUCGAAGACCCCUCGGGUGCGAUACCGAAAUUUCAUUACGGCACACAUUACUCUAAUUCUGGUGGUGUUCUGCAUUAUUUGCUGCGCGUGGAACCAUUUACUUCGCUACACAUUGAGUUGCAAAGUGGACGCUUCGAUGUGGCCGAUCGGCAAUUCCAUUCGAUACCACAAACGUGGAAAUUGUUAAUGGACAAUCCGAACGAUGUGAAGGAGCUGAUACCGGAAUUCUUUUAUUUUCCUGAGUUUCUGAAAAAUAUGAACAAAUUUGAUUUGGGUCACUUGCAAAUAACAAAAGAAAAGGUGGAUGACGUCAUACUGCCAACAUGGGCUAACACACCGGAGGAGUUUAUAGCUAUACACCGACGUGCUUUAGAAUCGGAAUAUGUGAGUCAAAAUCUACACCAUUGGAUCGAUUUGAUUUUUGGCUACAAACAAAAAGGCCCCAAAGCUGUCGAAGCGCUGAACGUUUUUUACUAUUGUUCAUAUGAAGGUGCCGUCGAUUUGGAUAAAAUUACCAAUCCCGUUGAACGUGAAGCUGUUGAAGGUAUGAUCAACAACUUCGGUCAAGUGCCAUCACAAUUAUUGCGUGAGCCACAUCCGCGCCGUUUGACACAAGAGGAGACCGCACUCAAACUGGUGCGCGCCGAAUUGAAACGACCGGAUCUUACGCAAUUUCUCGAUAAGGUUGUGCAAUAUUAUUGUGAGCUAUCAACGCCAAAAGAUCCAAUUGUCUUCCUGAGCGCACCUCGCAGUCCACCGCGCUCAUUUCUACAACUCAGUCCAGAUGUACUUGUCAGCAUAUCGAAAUCCUGUAUACUUGGUGCUAAUUCAUGGAUGUCCUAUGAUAAGGAUCGGGGAUUUCUGCUGGAAAUCGAUGCAACAACUACCAAUUUGAAAAACCGCAAACGCAUUUUUGGCCCCUUCCAUCCCUCGCAAAAUCCACAUUCACAACUGUUCGCAGUGAGCACAGAUGGCAAACUGCUGUAUGCGGGUGGCAUUUGGGACAACUCACUGCGUGUCUAUAAUUUACAUAAGGGGAAAGCAGUGGCCUCUGUGACGCGGCACUUAGACAUCAUCACCUGUCUGGCGUUGGACAACUGCGGCUCUUACUUAGUGACCGGUUCGCGCGACUGUACCUGCAUCGUUUGGAGUAUACAGACACAACAGUACGGCAAUGUAACGGCCAGCACAAACAUUCCAAUGCACGCGCUUACUGGGCAGGCGCAUCUGCAGGCGAUUACACAGCUGAAUACACAGAAUGCAUUCUCGCCCAAACCAUUGACCACACUCUACGGUCACGACGACGCCAUUUCGAGUGUCGCCAUUUACACUGAAUUGGAUAUGGUCGUUUCGGGAUCACUGGACGGUACUGUGAACGUGUACACCAUACAGGAUGGCCAAUUUGUGCGCACACUGAAACCAAAUGGAUGUACUGAGACCUGCGUACAAAUUUCAUUCGUUACUGUUUCAUAUCAUGGUCACAUUGCAUUCAGCGCGCUGGACGAUACCUCGCAUUCGGUGCAUGUCUACAGUAUAAACGGCACAAGUCUCGGUUCCAAGUAUGUAUCCGGACGUGUAACUGGAUUGGAUACGGCUACCGAUUACUUGGUGGUGGCGGACGAUGCCGGUGAUAUCACCAUGAGUCGUUUGCAUGGCUUGAAACCUGUGUUUGACAUUCCACUGCAUAUUCCAAUACAAACAGUUGUGGUGACACCUGGGAACACACACAUACUUGCACCGCUGCGCGAUGGCCGGUUAGCGGUGAUUGCAGUACAGGUGCCGGCCAGCAACAAUAAAAAGCAUUCCGUACUCAACGUUUAAUAAAAGUCAAACUGCUAAAAAACCGAAAAGAAAAUUAACUUUUAUGUGGCAAAUAAAUGAAGUAAACAAACGAAUUUUGCAAUGGGUAUGUAGUAGUAGUGUGUGCUUGUAAUUAGAUUAGCUACAGUUUAGGCGUUGAAGCAGCACCAAAAAGUGUAGAAAUCUUCAAAGUAGCAAAACAACAACCAAAACUAAAGUAAAAACGUUGUCACGCAUAUACAAUAUAUUAACACUCAUUAGUGUUUACAUAUGUGCGUUUGUAUGUAUGUAAGUACAAUAAGAGCCCACGCAAUUCGUUGAUUUAAGCUGAGAAGUGUUUUUGAGUGGUUUUCUCCAAUAAAAAUAGAAUAAAUUCAUGCACACACAAAGAAAGAAGGAAAAACCACUUUACAAUAAUUAUAUGCACUUCAGCUGCUAAUUUGAAGGAUAAAAUACAAAAUCUCCACUUCAUUGAUAAUAAACUGCUGAUUACUGUAUUGUUAACAACAGCAAGAAAACCACAAAAAUAGAAUUGAAAGCAAAACAAUAAUAAAAUAAUGGCGGAAAAUAUAUAUUUAAAACUAACAGGCCUGAUUUAGAACAGGUAAAACAGAAUAUAUACACACAUAUAGUUUGGGCGCCUAAAAGUCGGCUACAGCUAUUGAAAACAUACAUAUUAAGUAACACAUAUGUAUUAACUGGUCACUGUACUUGUCGCAGCAGUUUGUUUAGCAGCAACAUAGUUUACUAGUUUGUGUCUUUGCUUAUUUACUUGUAUGUUUGUAUGUCUUGUUAUGUAAUUGUAUUUAUUACUUAGUCCUUUCCAGUGAAUUUAAUGUCGCUAACGCUUUGUAUUUUAAUCUAAUUACUACUAAUUCAUUAUUUUCGUCUGUAUGUAAGCUAGAUUUAAUUACCGUUUGUGAAUUAACAUUAAGUACUGUACUGGUCAAUUAAGCAGUUGUCCAAUUUUCGCUUGCUUUAUAAACAGCAAAAUCUGAACUAAAUUUUGUUGAAAAAUUAAUAGAGUGAAUAAAAAAUAUUAAAAAUUUAAUCACCAUAUUACUUUAUAAUAUUUCUGUUUAUUUAGAACACUCAACUUUUAUUAAAUUUUUUUUUGGUUUUUGUCCAAUUUCCAGAGAUCUGUAUAUAAUCUAAAAUGCAUUCCUUAUAGAUUGCUUUUCAAGAGAUUGAGCCAAAAUUGAAAUAUUUACCUUCAAAUUUCGAAAUUCAAAUAAUAGCAAAACAAUGCAAAAACAUAAAGGCAUAUCACCCAUUUCCUCUUUUGUCAUUGGUGUAUAUAAUUUUCUGUCAAGUUUAUAUGAUAAAAGCUAUAGUCAAAGUCGGAAAUUCGUAAGCAAUAAAAAAAUAAAAAUUAUUUCAAACACUACUAGCUUCAUUUUACCAUCGCUUUCACCACCGAUUUAGGCUUUUAAUAAAUUCCUGAUCUACUAUCCAAUCUGGUUCACUAAUAAAACUGGGAAACUUUACCUAACGGUCGGGCUAUUUGAAACAAGCAAAUUGUGAAAAUAUGAAUACUCUUGCUAAGAUCGAAAAAAAUUUUGGUAACAGGAUCCUUCAAGGCAAAUGAUUUAUAUAAUUAAUUUGUUGCGUUAUAUGUUGAAAGUAUGUAUUUUAUAUGCUUUAACCGUCGAUAUCCGCAUUAUUUUUUAAAUUUGUUGCAUAUAAAAUGUUAAAUUAUAGUUUUAAAUUAUUUUUGAAAUAUUUUUUCUUUAAAGCAAAAAAUGAUUUUUAUAAAAAGCUACGACUUUCAAUCAGUAUUCAUCUAAGCAUUAAAAUUUAGACAUUUAAUUGUUAUUUGCUUUUGCGAAUCGAUGGAGAUAGAAUUUUGUGCAACAAAGUUUUGAUAAGUUCCGCCUCCGAUUUCUAAAUUAAUAAAUUUCAAUAGAUUUUCCCCAAAAAUAUUUCUGUCACAUUCAAUUCUCAAAUUAACUCAAGAUGCCAAACUUUUCUCCCGAUUUAUUCUAUAAAAAUUUAUAAUGCUGUGUGCUCAUUACAAGAAAGAAUGUUUAUUUCUAACUUCAAUUUCAUUUUCUAACUUAAGUCGUCAAUUUUAGUGCUCACUGCACUAUUUACUCCGAGAAAAAUACAUGAAUGAACGCACUAUCCACUUCCCAUAUUUUGCUCGAAACAUCAGCGCGCACCACUGAAAUCGACUAUUGCCGUGCUGACUAGCAGUCAUCGAUGAAUGAAAUGUGGGGAAUAAGUUGCGCAUAGCAACAGCAAAACAUGCACACGAACAUAUCUCCAUACAUACAUAUAUAGUAUACUGGUAAGACAUGAUAAUCAAUGGCGACAACAUGUGGACUUUACAGUAUCUAUGUGUGUCGGCAUGUAUGCAGCUGGCGUGGUAACCACACCGACAGCGCAGGCCGUUUGGCGCGCUCAAUAUCAUUCAAAUAAAACUUUAAUUUCACAAUAUUGAAUUUGUCAAUGAAUAUAUACUAAUAAUGAAGAAAUAAAUUAAAGUGUGCCCACCAGUCAACCACAUAUGAGUAGUAUUGGAGCGUAAAUGAGUUGAGCAUACAAGCAUGCUUAAUGAAAUGAAUAUACACAUACAUAGAUACAUUCUAUAAAUAGUGUUGUUGCACUUGGCACAUGCAGGUGCUUUUAGCCACAUUUGAUAAUUUUAUGACCCGUCAAUAUUUGUCACGUCUGUUAACUCUUUGAGAUUAUAUCAGAGAAAAAGUUGUGAUAUAUAGAGUUUUAUCUUUUACAUUUUUUAUGUAGAAUAUUAUUGAUUAAGUACUUGGUUUUCAUUGAGUUGAAUUGCAAGUGGAAUUCGUUCCUAAUAAAUUCUGAUAAAAAUUUUAAAAUUUUCAUUAGUAUAUAACUGAUAUUUUUUUUGUUUUCAAUUACAAAACUAUUAUUUUCUUUCUUUUUGCGUCAGUAAUUGUAAAAACUGUUUUUUGAUUAUUGAAAGUCUCAAAAUUAGCGUAAAGUUAAAUGAUCGUUUCUUUUCUAUCGUUCCACAACUGCUGUAAAAAGUUUGAAGCUCAAUGAGAUCUUUAAAAUAAUUCGAAACAUAAAUUUUUCUAGACACCCACCGUAUCUUCGAACCUUUAUAAUAGCGAAUUUUGCUCUGUUCUUCUUCUCUUCUUUUUACCUUGAAAACCAUAAAUUCACUCCUCUUUUAUCCAUUCCGUUUAAGGUAUAACAACUUUCAAUAUUAGUAUGUUUAAAAAUCAAUUUUAAAUUACUUUUACAUUACCAAUAGAAAAUUACUUACAAGUAAUUGACCGAGUGCUCUGUAAUUUGAUCAAGCUAGGUGGAACUUUUUGUGAAAUCGUGCUUAUCGUGAGAGUACUGUACUCUAAAUUCUCUCUUUGAAGCAGUACGAUAUGCUUACCCCUAAAUUCGUUCAAUAAUCAUAUUUCAUCAAAUCUAACCGUUUCUAAAUAAAAAUCAUACAACAACUGACAUAUCUCUGCUAGAAGAUAUUGACCGUGCUUACUUACUGUCGAAAAUAAAUCAAAAAUUUUUAAAAUGGCGGUGUUUAAAAAAGUUAAAUUUUACCAAAAACUUUGGUAAUUUUUUGACCAGAUUCAAAAUUAAAUUUUUGAUCAAAUCAAAAAACUGUUACGUAAUUAUAUGCAGAACAGAACAUGCAGAAAAAUAUUUAUAUUAAAUUCGAGAAUGUUAAACUGAUGGAGCUGAUUGCACUAAGCGGCUAUAUUUCAGAAGGCUGCAAUUCAAAAAAUAUUUAUACCAAAUUUUAGUAUGUUAUUUCUGAGGAUAUAGAACACCGACUAUUUAAUUGUCCGAGCUGUUCGAACAUGUUAUAGCAAAAUCAAAACUCACUAGGAAAUAUCUUAAUGUUAUUAAAUUUUUUCAUUUCUUUGAAGGUAUAAGAUGUAGGUUUUGUUCUUGAGCAAUUUGUAUGUUCUAUUUUUUAUUAAAAAAUAAGCUAUCGUAGAGCUUGGUGUGACUUUUAAAUUGGCUUUUCAAAUUUAAUGUUUGACAUGAGUGUCAAAAUAAAAUUGGUCUGACCACUUAAUUGGCUUUGUUCGAGUUAAAAAUGAAAGUUGCAAUAAUAUAAAUCAUAUAUAAUAUGUUUUGUGAGAGCUUCAUAUAUUCAUCAUAUCUGUGAAUAUAAAGCCGAUAUUGUUCUUUAUAGAGUCAACAUUUCGGUGAUUUCAGUCGCAAGUCGUAAGUAGAAAAAAAGAAAGCUAUAUAAAAUAAAAUCUGGGUUCAGUCUCUCAAAUAAAAGUAAAUAAUACCUUAUUAAUUUAAUCUAAACUUAUUGCAAGUUUAUUUGGUGUCUCAAAAAGAGGCUUAUAAAGAAAUUAAUUAAUUAAUAAUUCGCACGUUGCACAUAUCUAUUUGUAAAUGAAUAAAAUAUUAUAUAGAUAUUUAGUAUAAUUAUUACUUUCCAACACCUAAUUUGAAUAUUGCUAAAUACUGGUGGUGCUUUUUUGCAAAA